AUGGCGCCCCGUCGCAGCACCGGUGGAGACAAGAAGAAGGCCACUGCCACUGAGGCCUCGCCCAAAGCCCCGGAGGAUGGCCCCAUCAUGAAGAUGACAACGUCGGAGGGCUGGGAUGCGGUGAAGAAGGCCAUCAAGAAGCUCAAGGAGGCCAAGCGGUCUUAUGAUAGCCACAGCCCUGGAGGAAAGAAGCUGCCGAAGGAUGCAAUGACGGGGGCCGUGACGACCUUGAAGCUGGCAGAUAUUAACUUCGAGGAGCCGGGACCGGGAUUGACCUUCCCCACGAUGGCCGAGUUGAGCGGAUCGAGAAGUUACUGGUACGGCCCGAAGUGUGCCGUGUCCUUGCCCGUGCUCCAGUUGAUGGCUCCCAGCACGUCCGGCAGUGCCAACUCUGUGGAUGUCAGGCCAGGACAGCUUCUUGCGACAACCCAUCUAUCCCGGCUGGGCGCUUUCAUCCUAGAGUUUGCGGACAGCCUCCGCGACAAAGACCGUGCGGCC